UUCCGGGGAAGUGUAUUAUUAAACUCCUAUAUAAGGCCCGCCAUGUCUGCCAGAGAUCGUCUAUCCAACCUUUCGUCACACAUCAUGGGCUCCUCUACUCCCUCCGUAUUCACUGCGGCCACCGUGGCUGCUGCCCCCGAAGACCCUCUCUUCGGUCUUAUGAAGGCAUACCGCGAAGAUCCCUCCGAUAAGAAGGUUGACCUGGGAAUUGGUGCCUACCGCGACAACAACGCAAAGCCCUGGAUUCUGCCCGUGGUUAAAAAGGCCGACGAUGCCAUCCACAACGACCCCAGUCUCAACCACGAAUACCUCUCCAUUGGCGGUCUCGCCGACUUCACCUCUGCCGCACAAAAGCUGAUUGUCGGCGCGGACAGCCCAGCCAUCCGCGAAAAGCGCAUCUGUACACUGCAAACCAUCUCGGGAACCGGCGCUGUCCACCUGGGUGGCCUCUUCCUCUCCAAAUUCCACCCCCAAAAGCCCGCUAUCUACCUCUCCAACCCAACAUGGGCCAAUCACAACCAGAUCUUCACCAAUGUCGGCCUCUCCCUCGCCAAGUACCCCUACUUCUCCACCAAGACCAAAGGCCUCGACUUUGAAGGCAUGAUCGCCGCCCUCCAGUCAGCCCCCAACGGUUCCGUCAUCCUCCUGCACGCCUGCGCCCACAACCCCACAGGCGUCGACCCCACAGAGGAACAAUGGAAGCAGAUCGCAACACUCAUGCGCGAACGCUCCCACUUCCCCUUCUUCGACACAGCCUACCAAGGCUUCGCAUCCGGCGAUCUCGUCCGCGACUCAUGGGCCAUCCGCUACUUCGUCGAGCAGGGCUUCGAGCUCUGCGUCGCCCAGUCCUUCGCUAAGAACUUCGGUCUCUACGGUGAGCGCACUGGCGCUUUCCACUUCGUCUCCGCCCCCGGCGCUGACGCCUCUACUUCCUCCGCCCACAUCGCUUCCCAGCUCGCUAUCCUGCAGCGCUCCGAGAUCUCGAACCCACCUGCUUACGGUGCGAGAAUCGCUAGCCGCGUCCUUAAUGACCCCGUCCUGUUCAAGGAGUGGGAGGAGGAUUUGCGCACUAUGAGUGGUCGUAUCCAGGAGAUGCGCACGGGUUUGCGUCAGCGAUUAGAGGCUAAGGGGACUCCUGGGUCUUGGGAGCAUAUUACCUCGCAGAUUGGAAUGUUUAGUUUCACUGGUCUGUCUGAAGAGCAGGUUAUGACUCUUCGUUCCAAGUGGCAUGUUUAUAUGACAAAGAACGGCCGUAUCUCAAUGGCUGGCUUGAACACAAAUAACAUCGAUUACUUCGCUGAAGCGGUCGAUAGUGUUGUGCGCGAGUCGUCUUAG